AUGAAGUGCUUCAAGAUACCCGUUCUUUUUGUGCUGGUGAAUCUUGGGCGCAGUUUAGCUGCACCACUCAACUCUGAAACCGAACAAUUUAGCGAAGACGACUGGAAUCAAUGCCGGACGUACCUGAAACAGUUUUACAACAUGACCGAAACAACAUGGAGAAAAUCCGACACUGAGAUGACGGAGAAGAUAAGGGAAAUGCAAGAAUUCUUUGGUCUGCAAGUGACUGGGAACUUGAACCACGAAACCCUGGAAGUGAUGAAGAAGGGCCGCUGUGGGGUCCCAGACGUGGAGCAGUUCACUCUAUUUCCCGGACAACCUCGGUGGUCGCGCAAUAGAAUUACCUACAGAAUUUUGAACUAUACACCAGAACUGAAGAGACAAGAGAUAGAGAAAGCCAUUGCCCUGGCCCUUAAAGUCUGGAGCGAUGUUACACCGCUGACGUUUGUUCAGCAGACCGCUGGAGAAGCUGAUAUAAUGAUAUUGUUUGCGCGAGGCAAUCACCAGGACUUUAAUCCUUUCGAUGGACAGGGUGGGAUUUUGGCUCACGCGUUUGCUCCUGGAUCGGACUUGGGUGGCGAUACUCACUUUGAUGAGGACGAAAGGUGGACAUUGUCCAGAGAUGGAAUCAAUCUAUUCCUUGUUGCGGCUCAUGAAUUUGGACAUGCGCUGGGCCUGGGUCACUCAACCGAUAGAUCUGCUCUGAUGUUCCCCACCUAUUCGUAUGUCAAUACCAAAGGCUUUCGCCUCCCGGCUGACGAUGUUAAAGGAAUCCAAGCAUUAUAUGGACCUCGUGUAGAUUCAAGACCAGCAAAACCAACUGAACCCUGGGAUAGAUGUAAUCACCAAAUGUCAUUUGAUGCCAUUACCAGACUACGUGGUGAGCUUUGGUUCUUCAAGAAUGGAACCAUUUGGCGAAAACACCCUUGGCGCUCAAACGUGACUUCGAUUCCAAUCAAGAGUAUUUUUCCCAACAUUCAAGCUGUUGAUGCUGCAUUUGAAUACAAGGAUAGAGAUAUGGCUAUUUUCUUUGAAGGGUCAAAGUACUGGCUAAUUAGGGGACUCGAGACUUUGAAAAGAUAUCCUCGGAGCAUCAGAUUUAUUGGGCUUCCAAGAUCGGUUACACGUGUAGAUGCUGCUGUACACAUCAUGGAGAGAAAACAAGCAUUAUUCUUCGUGGGGCAAAAAUACUGGAGUUAUAACCUGAGGAGAAAUCAAAUGGAAAGAGGCUAUCCAAGAAGAAUAAUGGAUGACUUUCCUGGUAUAGGGAAUAAAGUAGAUUCAGCUUUUCAAAACUCUGGCUACCUCUACUUAUCAAAUGGACCAAUACAGUAUGAAUAUGACUACAUGAACAAAAAAGUCAUCCGUGUCUUGAAAACAUCCAGCUGGCUAAAUUGUGAUUAAUUAAUAAAUAUAGUGGAACCUGGUUAAUUGGGGCAGCCGCUUAUUUGCAACAACUCUUUAAAGAAUAAAAACUGAAAAUUGCUGGGAUUUCCUUUGUUUAUUUGGGACACUAUACCACUUAACUGAGACAGGAGACGCUUGCCUAACAGGUUCUAACUAGAGUUAGUCGCGUGCUUACAGUGAACAGUUUUUGAAUAGCGUCAGUUGCGCAUGUUUGUGUUUAAAAAGCAGAGAUUUUUGGCACUGAUAGUUGGCAAGCAAAAUACCAUAAGACAAUUCAGAACCGUUUUGCUGACUGCAGAUUCAAGCAUUCAGGCUUGGAGAUGCCAGAAAUGGCUGAGAGUGGAAAUGAAACUAUUUCACUACUUCAACAAGAUAGGAACUACGAAUAAUUUGAAGGUAUCAAUAAUCAUCUGGAAUGUUACAAUGAAGGAUGCAAUCAUCAAUAGCAUUGUAUGAAGGCUCUAGGUAUUUGCGCUGAUUUUAUUGAUUCUGUACACUUGAUGAAUCCCUUUGUCAAUUGCUAUUAGGAAAUAAUACAGUUUUAUAGUACUGUAGUAUAUACGGUGGUCUUCUAAUUUGUUCUGUAUUUCAUUUAAUACAUAAGGCAUUACUUAGUCUGUCUUUUUAAUAUCAUUUUAACUAUUUCCAUGAGACUUCAGCUAAUUGGGGCCGCCAUUUAACUGGGUCAAAUGUACUGAUCUUGAUGUGCCCCAAUUAACCGAAAUCCACUGUAUUUGCCUUAAGAACUACCAGGCAUAUAGCUUUCAAAGUACUAUAUUAUUUGAGACCAGGAGUUCUUUUCUGACAAAUUUCAAAAUUGAUUGUUUCAUUUUGGAAAAGAGCGCAAGUUUUAAUAAUUCAGAUUCUAUAUACGUGAAUGGAUUAUACUUUCAAACUCUUAUCUAAAAAUGGCUUAAUAUCCAAUCAGUUAUGUUGUGAAAUCAAGAAAGCAUAAUUUUAAAUGAUAUUAAAAUAUGGAUUGAACCUGCUUAGAGUUAUGUCACUGCAGUGUUAUUAUACCUGAUUUGUUU